AUGCCCGCCGAAUACGACGAGGGAGAUGUUGUCCGCUACAAGCCUGUUGGCGGCCCCGACUCUAAAACCUCCGAAGCAGUGGGAACUAUCCGCGGCGUCGCCACUGAGGACCAGAACAUGACGCAUCGAAACAUUCAUGCUUCGGAGCAGCAACCUAGAUAUGAGAUCGAGAACAACAAGACGCACAAGAGAUCUGCGAUUAGUGAGGCGAAUAUUCUGGGUCCGGGAGAGUAA